AUGGACGGACAAGAGCAAUACGAGGAAAACGGGCUGCCUGGCCCUGGUGCCCCGACCCCGCUCUCUGCACUUGAUGGCGUGUCGGGUUUGACUGCCAGAGAUAUCAAGUUGUUCGUGGAUGCAGGAUAUCACACUGUUGAGGCCGUGGCUUACACACCAAGGCGGCUAUUGGAACAGAUCAAGGGCAUCUCAGAACAAAAAGCCACCAAGAUCCUGGUUGAAGCCUCAAAACUAGUCCCCAUGGGCUUCACAACAGCCACUGAAAUACACGCCAACAGAAGCGAGCUCAUCUCAAUCACAACUGGAUCCAAGCGCCUGGACACAUUGCUUGGAGGAGGCGUUGAGACAGGCUCAAUUACAGAAAUCUUCGGAGAGUUCAGAACGGGAAAAAGUCAGAUUUGCCACACUAUCGCUGUGACCUGCCAGCUGCCAUUUGAUAUGGGUGGUGGUGAAGGCAAAUGUCUCUACAUUGACACAGAGGGAACAUUCCGUCCGGUUCGAUUACUCGCGGUUGCGCAGCGUUAUGGUCUUGUUGGUGAAGAGGUUCUUGACAAUGUGGCUUAUGCACGCGCGUACAACUCAGACCACCAGCUUCAGCUGCUCAAUCAGGCUUCUCAGAUGAUGUGUGAGACUCGGUUCUCACUAUUGGUUGUUGACUCAGCGACAUCUCUGUACCGGACGGAUUUCAAUGGUCGUGGUGAACUCUCAUCACGGCAGACUCAUUUGGCCAAGUUUAUGCGCACUCUCCAGCGUCUUGCUGAUGAGUUUGGUAUUGCGGUUGUGAUCACGAAUCAGGUUGUUGCUCAGGUUGAUGGUGGUCCCAGUGCCAUGUUCAAUCCGGACCCUAAGAAACCUAUUGGUGGUAAUAUCAUUGCUCAUGCCAGUACCACUCGACUCAGCUUGAAGAAGGGUCGUGGUGAGACACGAAUCUGCAAGAUUUAUGAUAGCCCUUGUCUUCCGGAGAGUGAUUGUCUCUUCGCCAUUAACGAGGACGGUAUCGGUGAUCCUACCGAGAAGGAUCUGGAAGAUAAAUAA